AUGAAUCUUGCUCUGGUAUCCAAAGGGCCGUCAUGUAUGUUUGGAAGUUAGUUCAAAGCCAUUUCAGCCUUUUUUUGAGAUUUUAUUUCAGGUUUACCCGAUGAGACUAAAAUGAGGUAUGCUUCUAUUGAAGAUGCUAUAAAAUCAAGGGAAAAGGAUGAGAGAUUCGAGGGUGAUUUUUGUCCUUUUUAAAAAUGAAAAUGUAUUAAAUUUUAGACUGCAAGACAAUCAUUCGUGAUCUCUACAAGCCUAAAAAUUCGGGACAGUCGGCUGAAGCCUUGAAAGAAUUGAAAGAGCAUUUGGAUGUAUAAAUCUACCGCAUUUAAGGAAUUAAUGAGAAUUUUUGAGGUUUAUCCGUUGGAUGAAUCGAGCAACUUGGAUAUUCCAGACCCGGUCGUCACUUUUGAAGAAGCUUUUGGGGAUAAUGGUUUGUAGGAUAAAUACUGAAGGCUUUUUGAACGUCUUUCAAAGGAAAAGUAAUAAAAACUACUUUAUUUGAAGAGGAUUUUCAUGAAAAAGGAGUAGGAAUUUGUUUGAAAAGCAAUUUUCUUGGAUUUUCUCGGACUUUUGAACAAUUUAGAAGCGAUUAUGAAAGAAAUUCGUAAAAAUGGCUUCACCAAGCCGUCGCCAAUUCAGUCACAAAUGUGGCCAGUACUCCUGAGUGGGAAGGUUUGUAAGAAACAUUUUAUUUUUUGAAAACUUUUUGAUAUUUUCAGGAUUGCAUUGGCGUGUCGCAAACUGGCUCCGGAAAAAAACGCUCGCUUUCCUUUUUACCUGCCUUUUUGCACAUCGAUGCUCAAUUGAAGUGAUUUUUUUAAUUUUUAUUUAAGAAAAUAGUUGAAUUUGAAUUUCCGUUGCAGUUAAGAAAAAAAGUUUUUUUGAACUCUCUAAGAAAAAAAGUAACUUUUUCACCUUUUGGAAUUUGAGUAAACUUGAUGUUUAUCGAUUUUUUUCCAAUAUUCAAUUCCUUGCAAUAACUUCCCUUUAUUGUGUUUCGAACCAAAUCUUUCAUUUCAAAAAAUAAAAAAAAUCAUGAUAAUCGUUUUUUGACUUAUGUGAAGCAAGAUUUUUCAAGUAAGAGUUGUUUUUAAAUUAUUGAAAAUUGUUUUUUUUAAAAUUUUAUCUUGUCUUUUUAAUGACGCGUUUUUAAUAGGGAUCAGAAAAGUUCGUUCGUUAGGCUACUAAGAAAUAAUUUUUUUUUUUAGUUUUUUGCACUUUUUCAAGGUGUUCUUAUUCGAAAUUCGGCCUUGCUUGGUUUUAGGCUUUUUAAAAACCCUUUUUGGGCUUCCAGAUGUUUCUGAAACGAUAAAUUGAAGAACUUUCCAUUCCAGACAACACGCACCAAACGACCAAAGCCGCCCAAGUCCGUUCGUCCUGGUGCUGACUCCAACGCGCGAACUCGCCCAGCAAAUUGAAGGCGAAGUCAAGAAAUACUCCUACAGGGGCUAUCGGAGGUGUUUUUUUGAAAGAAAAAAAUAAAGAAAAAAAUGAGGUUUUUUUCAGUGUCUGUGUGUACGGCGGUGGAGGCCGUAACCAGCAGAUGGACGUCUGCAAAGGAGGAGUUGAAAUUGGUAGGACUAAUUAAAAAAAAAGUUAAUCAGAAUUAAUUUUUCUCGUUUCGAAACUGCGCCAUUGGUAGUUUAAAAUUAGAGCCAAUUUGAAAAAUUCACGCAUUAUUAAACAUUUUUCGUGAAAUCUAUCUUCAUUCACGGCUGGCUUGAGCCAUCGUAGAAAGGGUCCUGACACGAUUAAAGACGAGAUAGUGUCUAGUUAGAGGAGAGCGCAGACAGUGCUCCGGGAAAAAAACGUUUUCCGGUUUCAGCGUCAAUUUUUGUUUUUAUGUAAAUGUAUCGACGAGUAAUCGAUGGAUAACAAUACUUAGGAAUUUCAGAGCGAUCCCUUCAGAGGUCAGGGGAGAAAACAACCCCUGUAGGGGCCGGGAGAGUCGUCCCUAUAGGGGUUAGGGUCUGACCCUUUAGUCCCUAAAGCUCAAGUGGUUUCUAUAGAGGUGUUCCGAUUUCACUCAAAAACGCUUGAUUUUCAAUUUUUGACAUGUAAAUGCCUCUUUGCACAUAGUUCAUAACAAUUACUGACUAGCUGGUUCCCUAUAGGGACCAUUUUUGCAAGCUUUAGUAGCCCCUAUAAGGAUUGGUAGAGUGGUCGCUAGAGGAGACCCUCCAAGGGCCUCUAAGGUUGCCCCUAUAGGGACCACUCUGAAGAUCCUAAGUACACACUUUGAAAAGAGACGGUGCUUGAUUCAUGGAGAGCGCAGACAGGCCACGCCUUUUUUGCGUCCUAAGCUUGAAUCGACUAUAUAACAUUCUUCAAACACAAAUCUCACAGUUAUUGCCACCCCUGGAAGGCUCGCCGAUUUAUCGGCCGUCGGGGUGAUUGAUCUGGCGCGUGUCACCUAUGCCGUACUGGAUGAAGCCGACCGGAUGCUCGACAUGGGCUUCGAAGCCUCGAUUCGUCGGAUUCUCUUCGAAAUCCGGCCCGAUAAACUCGUCGCCCUCACUAGGUAAUUUACAAAAAAAUCAUCGAAUUCCGUUAUUUUUUUCCAUAAUUUUCCGGUUUUAAUUGAUUUAUCUGCUAAUUCUUUCAUCCUAACUCAAUAUCAUGUUUAUUUUAUCCUUACUCAAGUUUAUUUCGAUUUUUCUUCAGCGCAACUUGGCCCCCAGGAGUUCGAGCUCUCGCCAAUCGCUACACAAAAGAAACGGUGAUGGCCGUUGUUGGAACACUAGAUCUUUCUGUAAUUUAUUUCCUCGAAAAAAAUAAUAAAUACGAACUUCAGUCAUGCUCCAACGUCAAACAGUACUUUGAGUUCAUCCACGAGAAAGAUCGAUUUGAAAGAAUGUGCGAAAUUGUCAAUUUCCUCAACCAACGUUAUGGCAAAGCCUUCAAAAUGAUCAUUUUCGUCAAAUCGAAAAUUAUGUGAGUUUUAUGGAGUUAUCAACAAAAAAAACCCCGUUUAAAAUAAGUUAGAUUUCUAUCCUUAGAGUUGAUUCAAAAAAAAAAGUGCCUUUUCUUGGGUUUUUCUGAUCGAAAAAGAAUGGAAACAUGUUCCGUACUUAGUAAUUUUAGAGUGGUCUCUAUAGGGGUUCCUAUAGGGGCCGAAAAAAGAGGUCCCUAUAGGGGUCAAAUCAAGGCGGUCCCUAUAUGACUUUAGGCUCUGACUCCUUAGCCCCUUAAGCUCAAGUGGAGCCUAUUUGGAUCGUUCAAUUUUAUUCAAAAAAGGUUUUUUUUUUUCAAUUUUCCGCAUAGCAAUGCUUCUUCGCAAAGAGCAAAAAAAAAAUCAUCGGCUAUAAUGUCCCCUAUAGGGGCCACUAACUAAAAAUCUUAUAGGGAACACUUUUUCAAGCUUCAGUGGUCCCUGUAGGGGUGAGUAGAGUGAUCGUAUGAUUUAAGAGAGAAAGCAGGGAGGAGAGAAAAUUUGGGAAAAACUAAAAAUUUUGAUCCGUUAUUUUGAAAAAAAUAAUUCGUUUUUUUAAAAUUUUUUUAAUCUAAUCUUGCAAAAAAACAGUCAAAAAGAACGUUCUCAUGUAAAUUUAAGGCAUAAAUGGGUCGGUGGAAACUUAAUUUGUCCAGGAGGAGAAAAUUUUUAAGAAAAUAUUUGAAGAUUCAAAUUUUUUAGUUAGCUCACGAAAAGUUUUGAUUGAAAGCUACUUGGAACUGUUUGGAUUUUUUUUUCGAAUAAAUUUUAUUGUUGUUUUGUAGUUGUUGUGCUAGCAGGUAGAGAACGCGAAGUUGUAGUUGAAGUUUAUUGGUGAGCAAGAACUAACAAGAACAAACAACGGGGUUUAAAUAGGCUGAGGGGAGAGAUCCCGAAAACUGUGGAAUGUUCCAGAAGAAAGGUGGAGUUUAGAGAGUGUAUAAGGAACAAAGUAUGAGGGAAAAUUCCAUAGGCUUGGAGAUCUUUCCCGAAGGUUAUAGAACAUUCUGGAACGAUUUGGAACCUUCUAGAAGGAAAGUUAUACUGUAUAAAAUUGAUCCCUAUUAAGUAAAACAACCGUAAAAGUCUAGAAAAGGAUAAAAUGUUCUAGAAAAAUCUUAAUUUAAGCGUGAUUUCCCAACAGUAGUUUUUCAUUUUUAUUGAACAUAUAACUUCAAAUUAAUUUGCGAAAUUCGUAAAUAUUCAGGGCCGACCAUUUGUCUUCUGAUUUCUGCAUGCGCGGCGUCAAUUCUCAAGGUUUACACGGCGGAAGAUCCCAGGAGGAUCGCGAAAACUCGUUGAAGGAGCUUCGAGAGGGAAAGGUGAUGUCGGAGAAUGAUGUUGCAGGAAAAAAAGAAAAAAAAUAAUUCAUUUUUGUUUCGUUUAAAUAAUCUUUCUUUUUUUUCUGUGCACCAAAAAAGGUACAGACAAAGGCGGAAAGGGUGGAAAAAAGGCUCCUUUUAUAGCUGAUUCACGGCUGGCUUGAGGAAUCAAAAAAAAGGUCUUGACACGAUAAUGCACGAGGUAGCGCCUGGCUCGUGGAGAGCGCAGACAGGACACGCCCCUUAGCGUCUCAAGCUGACCGUGAAUCAGCUAUACCACCCUUUUUGCCCCAUUUCAUCGGCUGUUAUGCACCAUUUUAGCUGCCUUCCCUUUUUCCUUUUUGCCACCUUUUUGAUGCCUUUCUGUGGCCUUUUUUGAGCCUCUUUGCGGUCAUUAUCCACCAUUCCCACUUUAUGUGCAUUUCGGGAAUUUUUUAUUCAAAUCACUGAAAACCCUUGAGAAAUAUCAUAUAAAAGCUGGAGCUUAAUGAACGUGUAGGAAGAUUUGGCCCCAAAAAAUGAAAAAACUUUGACUGGAAUAUUUCCUCUCUGAAGUAUCUAAAUCAAAAUUGACAACAUCAACCAAAGAGAAGACGUUAAAAAAAAUUCAAUUUUUCUGUUAAUUUUUUUCUAACUAGAUUAUUCAGGUAAAUAUACUUGUUGCGACGGAUCUGGCGAGCCGUGGGAUCGAUAUUCCUGAUAUAACGUGGGAUUUUGAGAAUUAAUGUCAAUUUAGAACGCUUUUGGGUCUUUUAAGGCUCAAAACGAGGCAUUAUAGGAUUAGAAGUCAUUUAUUGAACUGUAAAAAUAUUUUCAACAAUUUUGCUCUUAGAAAUGGUUUUUAAAUCAUUUAUAUAAUCCAAUAUAUUUUUUUUCAUUUUUGAGAAAAAAAAUCAUUUUCUAGCAUUUUUUUUGAAAAUAACCUCUUCCUUUAUAGCGAGCUGAAUAGACUAUAAAAAUAAUGAAACAUGAUUUUUUCUUCUUCUUUCAGACACGUUGUCAAUUUCGAUUUCCCCAACGAUAUCGAGGAAUAUGUUCAUCGGGUUGGACGAACCGGCCGCGCUGGGUUAGAACUUUCAAAAAUUUGAUCAAUUUUUCUCACUUUUUUUGUUGGAAAUUUUCAUUUCUCAUAACUUGGAAAAAGUUUUUCCGCCUUGUGCGUCAUAUUUAUAGACGCACCGCUGUCUUUCAAUUUUUUUUAAACCUGUCAAAAUUAAUAAAAUUUGUAAGGAAAUUGAGAAAAAUUUUUUUUCAAAGUUUGUUUAAAAAAAUUUCUGGCCGCGUCUUUAUAUUACUACACUCUGGGUCAGCGCUUUUUCUUGUAGUUUUUGAAAAUUGACGCUUUUUUUCUGAUUCCAAAAAUCACUCCAGUGAAUCUGCGUUCCCAGCUUUUCAUAUACUGUACAUUUAAAGGAAAUGUAUCUUGAGACCAGACGAAAAUCGGAAUUUUUCGAAAACCUGUUCAAUUUUUAAAAAUUUAGGAAUCACAUGAAAUUUUUCAGACGCUCGGGAGAGUCGAUGAGCUUCCUGUGGUGGAAUAAUCGAUCGAGUUUUGCUCCGUUGAUUGAAAUCCUGGAGCGUAGUGGACAGGUGAGCUUUGCUUAAACCGCUUUUUGUGCCCCAUAGCUAAUUAGUGAAUAACGAACGUUUUUUUCAACAUUUAUAACACCCGUUCUUCAAUUUGUGUAAUUUUUCUUCACUUGAACCAUCAUAAUUAAUUUACCAGCGUUUGAAAAUCACUACGAUGGAUCUAGAUAAGCUCCUGAGCUCCUCAUUGAAAAUAUCUAGGCUGAGAUUUCCAGGGCUUUUUUUUUCUACUAAGAGAAAUAGGUGUAGUCGAACAUAUUUGUGGGGAAAAAGUAUUGAAAAGCACUUAUUGCAGAUCUUAGCGCCUAGUUUUGAAAAUUUACGCAGCGUAAAUCGGUUAAAAAUUAGGUGAAAAGGACAUUUUUCACGGACCUUGUUGGCUUUAAGUGUUACAGGUGUAAUUUUUCGGUUUUUUUUUAAUCUGAAGAUUUAAAGGGCUCUCAAUAACUCAAACUCUCAAUAACAUCAAUUUACUCAUUUGGUCAAAAUUUCUGGUAAAAAUGAUUGUUUUUGACAAAGUUACGGACAAAAAACCAAAAACUAUUACUCAUUUUUUUGCUAUUGUAAGUAUUGAGCCAGCGGAAAAAUGGUCCUACCACGAUAAGAAAAGAGACAGUGCCUGCUCGGUGGAGAGCGCAGACAAGCCACACCUCUUCGCGUCUCAAGUUUUUCGGGAAUAUAGAAAUGAAGAGAAUUCAUUUCAAAAAGUUAUAAACAGAGACAAGUUAGCGCGGAAUUGGCUAUAUUUAGACGUAUCGCCUCUUUCAGUUCACUUUUCUAAAAACAGAAGCAAAAGCGUUCAGGAAGUCCCGCGGCAGCUGCGAAACGACGCCCAGAAGUACGCGGACAAGGUGGCCCGUGGCGAGGACGGACCCCGGCCGCCGCGAAAAAAUAUGAACCAACGCGAGAACAAUUUCCAACAGAGUUAUUAG